CGCCUCUCUAUGGGUUUCCUGCCCGCAGCCGCCAUUUUUGUUCCGGGCGGAAGUACAGCGAGAGGGGGAGGCCUCCGUUUCCUAGACGGUCGAUUGCCGCCUAUUCCUGUGAGCUCACUUGCGGAGGAGGAGGCGAAGGGCAACUUCUGAACAAGUUCUGUGAAGAAUACCUUGUGAGAGGUUUGCCUGAAGAGUGCUGGAAGUCUAUGAAGUGACUUCAAGAUACACAGCAAUGACAACAAGAAGAAAUAAGUGGUAGAAUAAUAUAUUUCAAGCUGCGUACUAGUGCAAUUAUGGAGGGGGGGGGGAAUAAGAUUGUGUGGAAGAAAGAGGCUUUUGAAAGCGAGCAGAAGGCUACAGCAGUACAAAAACUUUGCUGUUCAGAAGGUUAUAUCUGUGAACCCCUGGCAUGGUAUUUGAAUUAUCAUUGUAAAAGGAUGGCAAGUCCUCUACCUCCCUAUCCCAGAUCACACACAGAGAAGUUACAUCAGUGUAUGGAAUGUGGGAAACAAUUUGAUAGAAAAAGUUAUCUUACUGUACAUGAACGGACCCACACAGGGGAGAAGGCGUAUCAAUGCAUGGAAUGUGGGAAAAGCUUCAGUCAGAGUGCACAUCUGCGUUCCCAUCAAAGGACCCACACAGGGGAGAAGCCAUACAAAUGCAUGGAAUGUGGAGAAAGCUUCAGUCGGAGUGACAAUCUACGUUCCCAUCAAAGGACGCACACAGGGGAGAAGCCACAUAAAUGCUUAGAAUGUGGAAAAAGCUUCAGUCGUAGUGGCACACUGCGUAUCCAUCAAAAGAUCCACACAGGGGAGAAGCCACAUAAAUGCAUGGAAUGUGGUCAAAGCUUCAGUCGUAGUGGCACUCUGCGUAUUCAUCAAAGGACGCACACAGGGGAGAAGCCAUACAAAUGCAUGGAAUGUGGACAAAGCUUCAGCCAGAGUUGGAAUCUGCGUUCCCAUCAAAGGAAGCACACAGGGGAGAAGCCACAUAAAUGCCUAGAAUGUGGAAAAAAGUUCCUUCAGAGUGGACAUUUACGUUCCCAUCAAAGGACCCACACAGGCGAGAAGCCACAUAAAUGCAUGGAAUGUGGACAAAGCUUCAGUCGUAGUGGCACUCUGCGUAUCCAUCAAAGGACCCACACAGGGGAGAAGCCACAUAAAUGCUUAGAAUGUGGACAAAGCUUCAGUCGUAGUGGCACACUGCAUAUUCAUCAAAAGAUCCACACAGGGGAGAAGCCACAUAAAUGCUUAGAAUGUGGAAAAAGCUUCAGUUGUAGUGGCACUCUGCGUAUCCAUCAAAAGAUCCACACAGGGGAGAAGCCACAUAAAUGCAUGGAAUGUGGAAAAACCUUCCUUCAGAGUGGACAUUUACGUUCCCAUCAAAGGACCCACACAGGGGAGAAGCCAUAUAAAUGCAUGGAAUGUGGACAAAGCUUCAGUCGUAGUGGCAAUCUACAUUCCCAUCAAAGGACCCACACAGGGGAGAAGCCACAUAAAUGCAUAGAAUGUGGAAAAAGCUUCAGUCUCAGUGACCGUCUACGUUCCCAUCAAAGGACCCACCCAGAGAUGCAGUAUUUCCAAUAGUCUGAGCCCAAAACGCUUAGGGCUUUAUA